AUGGCUCAAAGCAAGAGUGCCGCCUAUGAUUAUCUUAUAAAGCUUUUGUUAAUUGGUGACUCAGGCGUUGGUAAAAGUUGCUUGUUGCUUCGCUUUUCUGAUGACUCGUUUACCCCUUCUUUUAUCACCACUAUUGGAAUCGACUUUAAAAUCAGAACGAUCGAAUUGGACGGUAAACGAAUCAAACUCCAGAUUUGGGAUACCGCUGGUCAAGAACGUUUCCGUACUAUCACUACUGCCUAUUACCGUGGAGCUAUGGGCAUACUUUUGGUUUAUGAUGUCACCGAUGAACGGUCUUUUAAUAAUAUAAGAAAUUGGUUUUCCAACAUAGAACAGCAUGCUAGCGAAGGCGUUAAUAAAAUUCUCAUUGGAAAUAAAUGUGACUGGGUUGAGAAAAAGGCAAUUACUAAGGAACAAGGUCAGGCACUCGCCGACGAAUUUAAAAUCAAGUUUUUAGAAACUAGUGCCAAAGCUAACAUUAACGUGGAAGAGGCAUUCUUUACUUUGGCCAGGGACAUCAAGAAGAGAUUGAUUGACACACAUACACCUGAGCAACCAAAAGUUCCAAGUGACGGCAAAAUUAAUAUAGAAAGCAAAUCUAGAUUUACUAGUGGUUGUUGUAAUUAG